GCUUGAGACGAGAGAGGGAGAAGCAAUAGACAGCGCAGAUACAGACCGAACCAGAAAGGGAUGGAAGAAAUUAAAUUCAGAUUUUUUUUCCCUUAAGAAAGAACAGUGCUCCUUAUUUUGUCCCUCUUUCUUUCAUUAAUUCAGUUCUUCCCGUUUCUGCCGCCGGUAUCUCCUUGCCGCCACCAGCACUCUUCCUCGCUGCCACCGUCUAUUUUCCUUCCGAUGGCCAGAUGGGAUGAGAUCCUGUCCCUUCCAGUGCAAAAUCCUUCAACUUUGGAAUUUGCUGCUGCUGAUCUUGUGUGGUCAAAGAUUGAAGGCUGGCGUGACAAUAUAGAUAGACUUGCUCUUAUCCCUUUUGCUAGGGUAGAUGAUUUUGUGAGGGGUGAAUCAGCAAAUAAAGACUGUCCUACGAGAUUUCAUGUUGAAGCAAGAAGACGCCGGCCUCCAGAAACUGCUUACAAGCAAAAGGUUGAUGGGAUUCUUGAGUACAUACUGUAUUGGUGUUCAUUUGGUCCUGAUGAUCAUCGAAAAGGUGGCAUAGUACGACCAAGUAGGACUACUUAUGUCCCAAAGAAGAAAAAUGCUGGUCGACCAAAUACUAAAAGGGGGUGCACUUGCCACUUUAUUGUGAAGCGUUUAAUUGCUGAACCAUCAGUAGCACUUAUCAUAUAUAAUCAAGACAAGCAUGUGGAUAAGAAAGGGUUACCCUGCCAUGGCCCACAGGACAAGAAGGCUGAAGGAACCCGUGCCAUGUUUGCACCAUAUAUCUCAGAGGACCUUCGGCUUCGUGUUCUGUCUUUGCUAUAUGUUGGGGUUUCUGUGGAAACCAUAAUGCAAAGACAUAAUGAAUCGGUAGAGAAACAAGGUGGUCCAUGUAACCGUGACGACCUUUUAACUCAUAGGUAUGUGCGACGACAGGAAAGGAGCAUCCGCCGCUCUACGUAUGAACUGGAUACAGAUGAUUCAGUAAGCAUUAGCAUGUGGGUUGAAAGCCACCAGAGUCAUGUAUUCUUUUAUGAGGAUUUUUCUGAUUCAGAUCCUUUCACUUUGGGCAUUCAAACAGAAUGGCAGUUGCAGCAAAUGAUUCGUUUUGGCAAUCGCAGUCUUCUGGCUUCUGAUUCAAGGUUUGGAACGAACAAAUUGAAGUAUCCUGUUCACAGUCUAGUCGUGUUCAACUCAGACAAGAAGGCCAUUCCAGUAGCUUGGAUAAUAACACCGAGAUUUGCUACUGCAGAUGCACAUAGAUGGAUGAGAGCACUCUAUAAUAGGGUUCGCACAAAGGAUCCUACAUGGAAGUUGGCUGGGUUCAUAGUGGAUGAUCCUUUAACAGACAUCCUUACUAUCAGGGAUGUGUUUCAGUGCUCUGUAUUGAUAUCAUUUUGGCGGGUUCGUCAUGCAUGGCAGAAGAACUUAGUAAAAAGAUGCUCUGAAACUGAGAUGCGUGUUCAGAUGUUUAGACAGCUUGGAGAGGCAGUAGAUGAUAUUUGCAGAGGACAUGGAACAAAGGAUUUAUUUGAGGCUUUCAUGGAAGAUUUUAUUGACGGCUCUGAUUUCAUGGAUUACUUCAAAGCAGUCUGGCAUCCUAGAGUAGGGAUGUGGACGACUGUAUUGAAAACUCUUCCACUGGCCAGCCAGGAGACAUGUGCAGCAAUGGAACUGUACCACAACCAAUUGAAAGUAAGGUUACUGAAUGAAAAGGAUCCCAUUGUUUAUCAACGUGCUGACUGGUUGGUUGAUAAGUUGGGUACGAAAGUGCAUUCCUACUUCUGGCUUGAUGAGUACUCAGAAAAGGAUGAUUUUGCAAGAUACUGGAAAGAUGAGUGGGACAGUGGUUUAACAGCUUGGAGCAAAGCAUUAAAGAUUCCAGACCUUGAUGUCAUCAUAGAAGGUAGAUGUGCAAAAGUUACUGACCAGCUUGAUCGAGAUAGGGUUCAUGUUGUCUGGAACCCUGGUUCAGAUUUUGCUAUAUGUGAUUGCAAUUGGGCAGAAAUGGGUAACAUAUGUGAGCAUGUCUUUAAAGUUAUAAGCAUGUGCUACAACAAAGGGUAUAGGAAGCCAUCUAUUAGCCUAUUUCAGUUCAACCAGGCCUUGAUUGACAUGCUAUACUGUCCACCUCAUGAUUCUUUGAUUCGCGAUCAUGCUGUUUCUCUAGCAGUUGCUGUACAGAAGCAAUUAGCUGCACUAGUUGAUUUUGAUAAUGGCGAUAUUACUGUGGAUCCUAUUCAGAAAGACGCUGUGGGCACUCUUGAGCAGACGGGUGGGAUGAAUUAUGCAAAUCAUGAUAGAGAAUUGGUGAAUGAGUGUCAUUUAAUUAAUGAAGCUGUAUCAUCCCAUAAUAGAGAUGAUUGUGGGGAUGGAGACAAGGGUCGUGGUGGUGUUACAGGUGAUUUUUGUGAGAGUAUUGGAGAAGAAACUACUUGCACUGAGAUGGAUGUUGACCCAUCAUCUAAUUGUAUUCCUUCACCCAGGUUAUGCUUAUUUGAUGACGUUGUGACUGAUGAUGUAUUCAUGGAAAAUAGAGGCAAGACUGUAAAUGAUACAGGUCCCAGCAUAAGCAAGAGCCCUCCUAAAGAUGAAGUGUUGACUGAUCAAGUUGGGCUUGAACAUGAUAGCAUAGUGCAUAUGGAACCACCAUCCAUGGAUAUUCCUCCAUCUCUGGCGGAGUUUAUGGGGCAAAGUGUCACUAAUCAAAAUAAUGUUUGCAGCAAUAGUUCUGAGCUAUCAGUAAUCACUAAUACAUCAGAUGCUGUUAUGGUAUAUAAAAAGGCCUCCCCAUCAUUAUCCAAGGCUGUUGAGCCACAGAUGAUUGGCAUGAUUCCAACUUCAGGUACCAUGGAGCAUGAAGCGACAGAGCUAGAAAGUGAAAAUGGAAGCAAGGCUGAGAACCAUUGCUCUAUUAAUAAUGCUUUCUCAUUAAAUGGGGUGAAUGAUGAGGAGAUACAUAAUCCUGAUUGUGGUCGUGAUCCAAGUGCAGUUGACAACAUGAUAGAGUUAGAAUCACAGCUAAAUUCCUCAUCAACGUUUGAGUCACAGUGACAAACCACCACCUAUAGAGGCUACAAUUCAAGAAGCUGGUUCUCAUGAGGAAAAAUCGUUGAGCCAUAAUUUGGUUUCAUCUAGUUGUACGCUUCAGAAAAGUGCUGCAACUGGAAAAAGUGAUACCAGCCAGUCAGAUAUUGUUGAUGGUACUGUUGUUAAGGGCAUCGACCCUGGAGGAACUGUGAAUGCUGCCUCUGUAGCAAGCAAGGGAUCUGAUAAAUGCCAUAGAGAUAUUGGUGUUGAAGCUAGCGAUGCCGAUGCCUAACAUUUGUUGAUACCGCGAUCCUUCUGUAAGUGUACAUAGUCUCCAAGGGCGUAACUGUCACACUAUAUUGAUUAUUUACCUGGUUAGAUAGCAUAUUUUAGAAAAACUUGGAUUCAAAGAGAACAAUCUCCAUUUUUUUUCUUAGCAACAAAUAAUUAUCCAAGGUAAUGCAUUGCAGAGACUGGAAACAUUUUAUGAGACAGAAUUGAGAAAAUACUUCCUCUCUUUA